CUCUCCAUUUUCAUUUUUCAGCAAACACACCUUUCUCUUCCACUCUACUUGCCAAUCCGAAGUAUACAAAGAAAAACCCAAAGAACAACAAAAAAGACACUUGCUUUCAACUCGGACAACCCACAAUGCCGGGCCUCACUCUUUCUGAUCCUCUUGUUCAUCGUAUCCUUCACCACCUCCACUUGUUACCACCACCCCCGCCACCUUCUCCACCAACCCUUUGUCCCGUUAGAUUCCUUACCUCCAACACAACCACCAUCCUCCUCUCCCCAAUCCCAACCCACCCAAAUUCCCAAACUACCCUUCUCUUCCUCCUCUUCAACCCCGCCUCAAAAACCUUUCUUUCCCUCGUCCUCCUCUCGCUCCCCGCCACCCUCCCCUCCCUCCCCAACUGCCCUCACCUCCUUCCCAGCCAACAUUUCUUCUCUACUCUUUCCCGAAACCUCCUCCUCCUCAUCCUCCCACCGCCACGUCAUCGCCAUCGCCGUCUCUGUUUCUCUCACUGCUUUCAUCAUCAUCGCCUCCGCCUCCGCGUUGCUGUACUAUCGUCGACGCCGGAAGCUUGACCCCACCAUAUCUGACGAUAAGGCUUCCAGAACCGACAGCCUCCGCCUGUUCCCGCCAAACACCGCCACCUCCGACGCAGUUCACAAGCAACGUAGUACGCCUAAUACCAGCACCGAAUUCCUCUACCUCGGAACCUUAGUCAAUGCCCGAGGAACUGACGAAGAAAACGCCCCGAAUACGAGCAAUGCGGGCUUGACGUUCGGGGUGUCGAGCGUGUCCGGUUCGCCACCGUAUCAGAAACUUGGAUCACCGGAGCUGAAGCCGCUUCCACCACUUCCCAAGCACAAUUUCAGACGGAGCUUUAAGAAUUCCCAAUUGGGUUCUGACGACGACGACGAAGAGGAGUUCUUUUCUCCAAGAGGGUCUUCCGCGAGUCCCAAAAAUGGUAACGGGUUAGCAAAAACCUCGGACAGAGUGUUUAAGGCCGUAGAAGUCGAAAACUUUGGAAGCAGAAGCUUCAAUUCAAGAACAGCAUCGUACCCAUGUUCGAAAUCUGCUUCUCCAGCAAGUUCUGGGUCUAAUACGGUCUCACCGACGUUGAAUUUGAGUCCCAGAAGCUUGAAAUCAAAGUCGCCGGACUCGGUAAUCAAUUUCGCCGCUCCGUCUCGGCCUCCUCCGGUACCGAUGUCAUUGUCCCCAUCAUUGUCUUCGUCGUCUUCAUCAUCGGAGAGAGGUUUGGGUUCAGUUUCAGCGAAUAGCCAGAACUCACCUUCAAAAAAUUCGGACUUCUUGGGGCUGAAGGAUCAGCCUCAGGUGAAAAAUAAGAGUUUAGUUCCGAUAAGAUUGCCACCGCCGCCUCCGCCUCUACCACCGCCGAGGUUUUGGGAAGUUCCGGCCGGUCCGAUGCCGAACUCCGGGCCACCGGCUCUUGUCAUGCCUUCCAGGCCUCGUGUGUUUCAGAAUUCGGGACCGGUUUUGGGUGGUGAAGGAUCACAGAGCAAUGCGAUUGUAGAAAAGAACCAGGAGACUCCCAAGCCCAAACUGAAACCUUUACAUUGGGAUAAAGUUAGGGCCAGCUCAGACCGCGCCAUGGUGUGGGAUCAGUUGAAAUCAAGCUCUUUUCAGUUGAAUGAAGAAAUGAUUGAGACGCUGUUUAUGGUAAAUAAUUCGAGUUUGGCACCAAAUGAUAAUGUUCGGCGACAGAUUCUACCCUCUUUGAACCAGGAGAACCGAGUGCUUGAUCCAAAGAAGUCCCAGAAUAUUGCAAUUUUGUUAAGGGCGCUUAAUGUCACCAUUGAUGAAGUCUGCGAAGCCCUUGUGGAAGGAAACUCAGAUGCACUUGGGACAGAACUUCUUGAAAGUCUAUUAAAGAUGGCUCCAACCAAAGAGGAGGAACGCAAACUCAGAGAGUUCAAAGAUGAAUCACCAUUUAAGCUUGGACCAGCUGAGAAAUUUCUGAAAGCAGUGCUUGAUAUACCUUUCGCAUUUAAGAGGGUGGAUGCAAUGCUCUACAUUGCCAGUUUUGAUUCAGAAGUAGAUUAUCUUAAAAGGUCUUUUGAGACUCUGGAGGCUGCUUGUGAAGAAUUGAGGAACAGCAGAAUGUUCCUGAAGCUUCUUGAAGCGGUGCUCAAAACUGGGAAUCGCAUGAAUGUUGGCACCAACCGUGGCGAUGCCCAUGCCUUCAAGCUUGACACACUUCUCAAGCUUGUAGAUAUAAAGGGAGCUGAUGGAAAAACCACUCUACUGCAUUUUGUUGUGCAGGAAAUAACCAGAGCUGAAGGUUUUCGUCUCUCUGGCAUGAAUCAGAAUCAAACAGCUGAGGAAAUUCAACAAUCUUCAUCUUCUUUUCGAGAUGAUGUUGAAUUUAGGAAGCGUGGCCUGCAAGUUGUUUCAGGAUUGAGUGGGGAGCUCACCAGUGUAAAGAAGGCUGCCGCUAUGGAUUCAGAAGUACUGAGCAAAGAAGUUGCAAAAAUUGCUGGUGGAGUUAAAAAAAUAGUAGAAGUUAUAAAAUUAAUUGAAGAAAGUGCAUUGAAGGUUAGUAGCCACAAGUUCUGUGAGUCCAUGAGUGGGUUCUUAAAGAAGGCAGAGGAAGAGAUUGUAAGGAUUCAAGCUCAAGAGAAACUCGCAUUCUCUUUGGUAAAGGAAUUAACAGAAUAUUUCCAUGGGAACUCAGUGAAGGAAGAAGCUCAUCCGUUCCGAAUUUUCAUGGUGGUGAGAGAUUUUCUUUCUGUUCUAGAUCAGGCAUGCAAGGUAGUCGGCAAAGUUAAUGAAAGAACUAUAGUUGGGUCAGCCCGUCAAUUUCCAAUGCCUGCCAAUCCAACCCAUCCGCCAGUUUUUCCUGGAUUCAGUGCAAAGCAGCAGCAGCAUUAUGGUUCCUCAGAUGAAGAAACCUCGCCAUCUUAGUGUUUGAUUUUAUGCUGUGUUGAUGGGAAAGGAUGAGCAUGUAUCUGGGGCAGGAGCUUUUUAGCUGAAUCUUACAAGUUGAUCUCGUCUUUUUGGGUUGAGCUGAGCACCCUUCCUCUACUUACAUAUUUAUACACACACAAGAUUUUGGAAUUGUUUAUCUUGUGUAAUAUAUAUAUAUAUAGAGGGGAAUUAGAUCAUCAGAAUCAGAAGAUAAUAAAGUUGUAGUGGCACAAUUAUAUUUUGUUUUGAUCUAAUGUAAAUUUGUUAGUUGUAUUUAAAGCUUGUGGUUCAGUAAUUAUUCCCAA